AUGUCAACUAAUUCCGAAAUUAUGGGAUUUGUUAGUAAGAUACUUCGUAAAGUAUUCUCAGUAAAACAUCAAGAUGAUGCGGAAAUAACGGAACGAUCAAUUAACGGUAUAACAACCAAUGACGGCGAUUAUAAUAAUAAUCAAGAUAAUGGUCUUGUAUUAAGAAGGAACAUAACAUCCGUAAAUACGCCAGACCGAACAAGCACCGGUGCACGUCGGGAUUGGCGCAGUGGUUAUAAGCAAAUUGAUGAACUUGUACACGAAAUGAGAUUGGAAUAUCCUAAUCCCACGCAGCAUCUAAUUUGGAUUCCUUUUAAUGAAUUUAUAAAAUGCAAACAGAUUAAUUGUGGUGGGUUUUCUACUAUAUACGAAGCGACUUGGAUAACUGCCGGACAAACAAUUGCAUUGAAAUGUUUGAAAGACUCUCAAGACAUAAGUACUGAUUUUUUAAAUGAGCCCCAAUUUUUGAGAUGUUAUGGAAUCACUCAACAACCAAAUACAGGGGAAUUCAUGAUGGUUACUCAAUAUGCACCCUUUGGAGAUUUAUAUACAUAUCUUCAAAAACAUAAAAGAUUGACUUGGAAGGAAAAGAUUCAAAUAAUUAAGCAGAUCACACGUGCACUUGGAGAAAUGCAUAAAAGAGAUCUUAUUCAUGGUGAUUUGCAUAGUGGUAAUAUUAUGAACAUUGAUCGAACACAUUUUGUCCUUGGAGAUGUUGGACUUUGUGGGCCUGCUGGUAGACUUGCCCGUAAAAAAGAAGUCUAUGGGGUUAUUCCUUAU